UAUUUCUGCUUUCUGCUUUGAAAUAGCACCGGAACCGAUCAUUGUGACAUUGACGAAAGGAGCAUAAUAAGCAGUUUAUCAAAACUAAUAUGACUGUAGUCUUGUUGCCACGUGAGUGAAGACAAUCCUACGUUCGUUCUGGCGCUGGUACAAAGCUACUGCAUCCUCUCCAUCCGGCCAGUGUGAUUCACCAAACAUCCCCAGAUACUUCGAGAAUAAAUUUCUCUAAUAUACAGACAGCAUAAGCUCUUGAGCAGAAGCGGGUGACCACGCUGACUCUCCUGAACCGGUUAAGCCAUGGCUACGCCAGCUGAUCCACCCAGCGUUGAGGAGCUUCAAGAUUUGAUGAGUAGCGAGGGAGGCUUUGUUAUGAUGCCCGGCAGAGCGUACGAUGAAGUGCACCCUGGAAUCCUCAUAGGAGAAGCGUCGAUUGCGCUCAACAAGGUGAGGCUGCAGUCAGCUGGUGUAACUCAUGUCCUCAAUUGUGCCGAGGGAACAUCAGCGUUCCAUGUUAAGACAGGUGCUGGUUUUUAUGGCGAUAUUGUGAAAUAUUACGGCAUUCAAGCGACAGAUAGUGAGGGCUUUAGCCUGCGACCUUUCUUUGAUGGCUGCAGCGACUUCAUUGCCUCUGCACUUGCAGACAAUGGCAAAGUGCUUGUUCACUGUAGAGAAGGUGUGAGUCGAUCCACGACCGUCGUACUAGCUUUCCUAAUGGCUAGACGCGGCAUGGCACUGCGCGAUGCCAUCACAGGCGUGCGUAAGCACCGCGAGGUCUAUCCAAACGAGGGAUUCCUGCGGCAGCUGAUCGAGUACGAGCAAGAGCUUCGGCAGAGCAGCUCCGGUGCGUCUGCGGUGGGUUCUUAGGCUGCUGUCAACGGGGCUGUGGGCAACAUCGAUCUCGUACGCGAGUAAGUGCAUUUGACAGUGCUGUGCGACCAUAAUCUCUGUAUUUUCAGGCCUUGUUCGCUGAUUCAUUAGAGUACUUUAUUUAAUUUUUUUACCACGUACCCACCUCUGAUCCUUGAGGGUGGUGGCGUUCCUGAGGAUCCGGAAAGCUCAUUUUAUUAGUAUUGAGUAUAACGCGAACCGUUAAAUUUUUAGGCACCCUAGUUUCUGAGUUCGACUGUGUGAAGCAGACCCGAACUUGACUGCUUUUAUGCUUAGUUUUUAGAUUAGUUUUUAGAUGGUUUUGUACUUUUCCAUCCUGUCUUUGACACGGGGUCGUAUAUCUGUUCCACGGAGCAAAGCGGACAAUGCAUAUUCCAAGAUGGCAGCACACGCUCGAGUGUAUGCGGCACGAG